CCCGGUAACAGAGGCGGUGGCGACGGCGGCGGCUGCUCGGUUUCAGCCUCUUCCCGGCAGCGUCUCUAAGAAGCGCAGCGGAACUCGACUCGACCCAGCUCAGUAACUUACUCCUUGACCAAGGCCGUAGCUCCCACCUGCACCUUCUAGCUGUCAUGGCAACUUCAUCUGAAGAAGUUUUGCUGAUUGUAAAGAAGGUGCGACAAAAGAAGCAGGAUGGAGCUCUGUACCUCAUGGCAGAAAGAAUUGCUUGGGCACCUGAAGGCAAAGAUAGAUUUACCAUCAGCCAUAUGUAUGCGGAUAUUAAAUGCCAGAAAAUCAGUCCAGAAGGAAAAGCUAAAAUUCAACUUCAGCUGGUCCUGCAUGCAGGGGACACAACUAACUUCCAUUUUUCCAAUGAAAGCACAGCAGUGAAAGAGCGAGAUGCAGUGAAAGACCUUCUUCAGCAGCUGCUGCCCAAAUUCAAGAGGAAAGCAAAUAAAGAACUGGAAGAGAAAAACAGAAUGCUGCAAGAAGAUCCUGUUUUGUUUCAGCUUUAUAAAGACCUUGUUGUGAGUCAGGUGAUCAGUGCUGAGGAAUUCUGGGCCAACCGUUUAAAUGUGAAUGCAACAGAGAGUUCUUCCACAUCUAAUCAUAAGCAGGAUGUUGGCAUUUCUGCAGCAUUUCUGGCUGAUGUCCGGCCCCAAACAGAUGGAUGUAAUGGUCUGAGAUACAAUUUAACGACUGAUAUCAUUGAGUCCAUAUUUAGGACCUAUCCAGCAGUAAAAAUGAAAUAUGCAGAAAAUGUUCCCCACAACAUGACAGAAAAGGAAUUCUGGACACGUUUCUUUCAGUCCCAUUAUUUUCACAGGGACCGGCUGAAUACUGGGUCAAAGGACCUGUUUGCAGAAUGUGCCAAAAUAGAUGAAAAAGGGUUAAAAACAAUGGUUUCAUUAGGAGUGAAAAACCCACUACUUGAUUUGACAGCUUUGGAAGAUAAACCGUUAGAUGAGGGCUAUGGCAUUUCCUCUGUGCCAUCUACUUCUAAUUCUAAAUCCAUAAGAGAGAAUAGUAAUGCUGCCAUCAUCAAGAGAUUUAACCAUCACAGUGCCAUGGUCCUGGCAGCAGGUCUCAGGAAACAAGAAGCACAAAAUGAGCAAAAUGGCGAGCCCAGCAGCAUUGAUGGAAAUUCUGGAGAUGUAGAUUGCUUUCAGCCAGCAGUAAAAAGGACACAUACACAUAUUAACAUACAGUUUUAUUUUCUGGGAAAGAGUAUUCAACAAAGACAAUAUGACAGAAAGAAAAAACUAAAGGCGAAGUUACAAGAGUCCAUUGAAUAUGAAGACUUGGGAAAAAAUAAUUCCAUAAAAACAAUUGCACUAAACCUCAAGAAGUCAGAUAGGUAUUAUCAUGGUCCAACUCCAAUCCAGUCACUACAGUAUGCAACAAGUCAGGACAUUAUUAAUUCUUUUCAAAGUAUUAGACAAGAAAUGGAAGCUUAUACACCCAAAUUAACUCAGGUUCUCUCAAGCAGUGCUGCCAGUAGUACCAUCACAGCACUGUCACCUGGAGGAGCACUGAUGCAGGGAGGGACACAGCAAGCCAUAAACCAGAUGGUGCCAAAUGAUAUUCAGUCUGAAUUGAAACACCUCUAUGUGGCUGUUGGGGAACUUCUACGGCACUUCUGGUCCUGCUUUCCCGUUAAUACGCCAUUCCUAGAAGAAAAGGUAGUGAAAAUGAAAAGUAAUUUGGAACGAUUCCAAGUUACAAAACUCUGCCCAUUCCAAGAAAAAAUUCGGAGACAGUAUUUAAGCACAAAUUUGGUAAGUCACAUAGAGGAGAUGCUCCAGACAGCUUACAACAAGCUCCACAUGUGGCAGUCACGGCGUCUGAUGAAGAAAACGUGAAGUGUCCGUGGCUCUCACAGGUUCUGUGAGACUGAGAGAACUGUGACCUGCAGUGACUCUGGAAACCUGGCCUGUCAGACAUGCAGGUGAUCACACAGAAGUGACAAGAAACAUCUGUACCAUGCUGACUCUCAGAGCUGAUGCUAUUGUACUUGCACAUUGAGAACUGAAAAGAAGGGAACUAUGAUUAAACUAAAAGCUAGGGAGGUAAAUUAAGGCAGAACCAAAAUGAGCUAAGUUGCAAAUAUAUAUAUAUAUAUAUAUAUAUAUAUAUAUAUAUAUAUAUUUUAAAAAGACACUGUUUACAGCAGUUACUCAGGAAACUGCUUUUGAUUCACAUUAAGCUGCUUUCAGGAAUUAAAAAAAAAAAAAAACUUUUUUAAAGGGUGCAUUGAUAAAAUCUGAGGAUUUUUGGUUUUCUUUUGUUAUUGUGUAAAUUUUUUUCCCUAAGUUUAUGGCACAGGGUACAGCUUAAGUAUUUCUCCUCCAUCUUCCACUUGGAAUCUCAAGUUUUGCUGAAUUCUAGUUGUACCUUACAUCAGCAAGUUAAAGAGAGUACUUUAAAAUAAAGCAGAGGGAGACUGUUGCUCAGCCAUCCAGAAACAGUUGUAGUCAGAAGACAUCAUUGGUCCUGUGUUUCCUACGGAAAUAAGAAUAAAUAUUGCACUGAAUGUUUGUGGUUUGGAGUCCCUAAAAGAUAAAGAGGGGACAUAUUUACAGAAAGUCGUGUGGGGUUUUUAUGCAGGAUUUUGUCAGAGGACAAUGCGCUGCAUGUUUUUCUUUGAGUGCAAAUGUACAUUGCUAAGAUUUUUUUUAAGAUGGCAUGUGCUUUGAAAUUGCAUUUUUAAGAGUUUAAAAAUCUUAUGAGUGAGAGAUAUAAGAAAUCUUACUUAUUUUCACCUCUUUAGAAAAAAUAAAAGAUGUUUCUCAUAUCUCUUUUUCUCCAGUAUCUGUCUGUUACGGUCCUUGGCGAAUUGAUAAUCAUUGCAUAGUGACUGCAAAGCCUAAA